UCGACAUGGCAUUUGGUGUCUCAGCACAUAACCGCCAUAAGCAGAAGAGCAUAGCAUAGCACAGACGUUGCAGCAGCGUGAAGCGUGAAGCGUGAAGCGUGAGGCAUGAGAUAUUUCUCUUUGCUCUCUCUCUUCCUCUCCAAUACAUUCAUCUAAUUUAACUAAAUCCAUAAUCCAUUCGCUUCAUGUGGCGUCGAAGCUUCUCCAGACUCCCCCUCCGCGCUUCGCCUUUAGGGUUUUUCACGCGAUCGCUCUCGUCCGCGCCGGGGAAGAGGUUCGCCGCGCUCUGGGGAAACGGCGAUUACGGCAGAUUGGGUCUCGGCAACUUGGAUUCGCAAUGGAACCCCGCCGUUUGCCCUGCCUUCCGCAACCAUACCCUUAAAGCCAUUGCUUGUGGCGGUGCUCACACCCUCUUCUUAACAGACGAUGGAUGCGUUUAUGCUACUGGACUUAAUGAUUUUGGACAGCUUGGUAUAUCAGAGAGUAAACACUACUCGGUGGAGCCAGUUCGUGUUCUUGGAGAGAAGAAAAUUGUGCAGAUCUCUGCUGGUUAUAAUCAUUCUUGUGCGAUAACAGUGGAUGGAGAACUAUACAUGUGGGGAAAGAAUGCAAGUGGGCAGCUUGGACUCGGAAAAAGGGCUCCAAACAUAGUUCCUUUGCCAACUAAAGUGGAAUACCUGGAUGGAAUCAACAUUAAAAUGGCAGCUCUGGGUUCAGAGCACUCGGUGGCUAUUAGUGAUGGAGGAGAAGCCUUUAGUUGGGGAAUGGGAGUGUCUGGUAGACUUGGUCAUGGUCAUGAGUCAAACAUCCUAGGAUUCUUCAAAAGUUACAGUGAGUAUACCCCAAGGCUUAUAAAGGAUCUUGAAGGAAUCAAGGUAAAAUAUGUAGCUGCUGGGUUGCUAAAUUCAGCUUGUACUGAUGAAAAUGGUUCUGUUUUUAUAUUCGGUGAAAGAGGGAUUGACAAAUUGCGUUUAAAGGAAAUGAGCAAUGCAACAAAACCAUCCUUGAUUGGUGAACUUCCAUACUCAAAAGAAGUUGCUUGUGGUGGCUACCACACGUGUGUCUUGACAAAUUCUGGUGAGCUUUAUACUUGGGGUUCAAAUGAAAAUGGCUGCCUUGGUAUUGGAUCCUCAGAUGUCAUUCAUCUACCUCAAAAGGUUCAAGGGCCAUUCUUGAAGUCGUCUGUUAGCCAUGUUUCUUGUGGUUGGAAGCAUACUGCAGCCAUUUCUGAAGGAAGAGUCUUCACGUGGGGCUGGGGAGGUUCCAAUGGGACUUUCUCUGAAGUUGGACAUUCUUCGAGUGGACAAUUGGGCCAUGGAAGUGAUGUGGACUAUAUAAAUCCUACAAGAGUUUGCUUUGGAGAAGACGUGAAAGCAUUGCAAGUUUCAUGUGGGUUCAAUCAUACUGGUGCUAUACUUGAAUAUGCCUAGGUUGGCUGCUCCAAUAAUUCAUCAUUACCGGUAAUUCGUCAAGAAGAUUCAGAAUGUGAUUCAUCUUCCCAUCUACCUUAUAUAUAUACAUCACCAUAUUAGCGAAAUAUGCAUAUCUUCUAAUUCCAAGAGGAUCCAUGAAGUUGCAACAUGCCAUAAGUGAAGCAUAUAUAUUAUCCACCUGUUGUAUUAUACCAUUCUUUUCUCAGGAAUAUACAUACACACGGAUAAAACUACCCAGAUGUACAGUACAUGUGUGAAGAAAGCGCUGCUUCAAAUAAAUAAUGCAAGGGAAUGAAAGCAGCAGGGAUAAGGAAAAAAUUUGUUACAAGGAUUUUUAUUUUUAUUUUUUGUUAGUCGAGUUUAUACUACUUAGUACAGAAACAGAGGUCAGAGGUAAAUGCUUGUGUCAUUUGCCCUGUUUAUGGAGAAAAGUUGGAGAUGCAUUUAUGAGCCUAAAUAAUUUUCACCAUAUGUAGCGAUAGAUGCUGUUGCAGCAUCAUAAUUGAAGACACUUUUAUUUGUAUGUUUUUAGAGAUUCUCGCUGA